UUCAAAUUGUUGUGUGUUUAAAGCUUUGACUUUUUAUAAAUAAUUGUUAUCGAUUCGUUAUUGACUCAAUUUUUAAAUUUGUUAACCAAAUGUUGAAAUGGCAACGUAUAAUAAUCAACAUUGGCUUCUAUGUCAUAUCAGAAAUUCAUUUAUAUCGACCGAUGACACAGAAGUGUGUGAAACAGUUAUGACGAGCGACGACUUACCAAAGCACUUUCUUUCAAAAAAUUCUAACAACACCUGUCUAUGUUACCCUGGCUUAGAUCAAAGUGAUGAUGAAGAUUUAGACGCAGCGGCACAGUCUUAUGAAAUUCAUAUGUGUCCAGAUGAUGUUGGAGUUCAUAGGUUUAGAUCCAAUACAACACAGAAAUUAGAUAGAAUGAACAGAGCAAGACAAAAAGCAGCAAAAACAAAAAAUAUAAAAAUUGACGAUUCUGCAGUUCUGCAAUCUAAUGAUCCAGCAUCUUUGAAAAUUUCUGAUUUUUUCCAACGCAAAGAAGUUGCAUCAAGUUCAGAUUCUCGUAAAACAGUGAAAAGUUUACUUUCCGAGCAAAUACUUCACGGACCAAAAUUGCCUCAAAAUAAAUUUAUUCAAUAUGCCCGUUUUGAUGGAGAAUCUCAAGCUGGAGUUGCACACUUAAAUAUAUUUUUAAAUAUAAUUAGUGAGCCACAACUGACUGUUCCUAUGAAAAUCUGCGUAAUCGCGCAAGCAAAAAUAGAAGAAGUUAUUGGAUUUAUUUGUUAUAAAUUAACGGUGAAGUAUCCUGAAAUUCAAUUGCAAAGCAUACGUCAUUAUGGUUUGUAUAUUACUGAGGACAAUGGUGAAAUGUUGUCAGAAUUCCCCCCGUUAGAUAUGAAGGCCCUAUGCCAAAAAUAUGAAUUUCAAUAUUUAACAUUAGCUGAACGUCGACCUACGAACACUACAAAUCGUGUAGAUUAUAGAUCGUUUUCACUUAAUUCAGACACCGACACUGCCCGAGAAAGAGCUUUAGAUGAAGCAAAAGACAGCAAUGAUAAUUUGGCUCAAGAUAUGGAACGAAUGCUUGGUCAUAAUUUAAUGAUUGAGGCUCCAGUUUACAGUAGCUACCAUUUAAAUAUAGUAGGUAAAGGAUUUUUUAAAUCAGAAGUUCAGUUAGGGAUUUCAGGUGAGAGACUGGAAAUAUAUCCUGUUUCAUCGAAUAACAAAUUUUGGAGUAAACAAAAAGCGAUUUCGCAUAAUAUCGAAUCAAUUGGUUUUUGUGAAAUUCUAACGAAAAAAACUAACAAAGCAGUUUUAAGGAUUUGGUAUUUAAACCCAUUUCCACAAAGUUCGUCAUUUCAUUUUGGUGAAUCAGGUUCGAUAUUAAAGGGUCAUCCUUUUGGACAGCUAGGUUUUUCUAAUGUAACAGGUGUAACUGGUGGAACAAAUACAUCUUUAACAUCUUCUUCAUCUAGUCCACAGCAUUUCAAUCCUAAUAUACCAUCAAUAUCGUCUUCAAGUAGUUUUAAGUACUAUGAUUUUGAAACUGAUCAAAUCACUGCCCAACAGAUACUGAAUAAAAUGAAUUUUAUAUUGGAAGUAAGAUCAACUGCAACACGAAAAGAAUUUUUAGCUUAUCGAGAAAAAAGAAAAGAGAGGUUAGCCAAAAAGCCUUCAAGAAAAUAGUGGUCUAAUUGCAUAAUUUAUAUAAGUUCGAUUAUCCUAAUUUUGUUGUAUAUUAUUACGAAUUUUACGCAAAUAUACUUUUCGCAAAUUAAUU